AUGCCUUUCAGACCUGCCAUCGCGUCCAUGUCCCUCGGCCGUGCCUGGGUGCAUGAACUGGACAAGAAGCUUCGCGAAGCGUCGGAAGCCGGUUUCGAGGGGGUCGAAAUAUUUUAUGAGGACUUGGAGUAUCUGGCCCGGACAUAUGGCGAAGUCAGCCCAGCCACUCUCUUACAGGCAUCUGCGAAGUUGCGCCAGACCUGCGAUGCGCUCAAUCUGACCAUCAUCGGCAUGCAGCCGUUUCUCUUUUACGAAGGCUUGAUUGACCGCGAAGAACACGCAGCUAAGAUCGAAAAGCUGAAGGUCUGGUUCAAGAUUGUGAAAAUCUUGGGCACGGAUAUCAUACAGAUCCCAUCCAAUUUCCAGCAGGGUGGCAUCUCCGGCGACCUGGAUCUGAUUGUGCGAGACAUGAUCGAAGUUGCAGACCUCGGCCUCAAGGAAGAUCCGCCGGUAAGAUUCGCCUACGAAAAUCUGGCCUGGGGCACUUAUGUCGACACGUGGGAGAAGCUAUGGGAAGUGGUCACACGCGUCGACCGUCCGAAUUUUGGCUGUUGUUUGGAUACAUUCAAUAUCGCUGGUCGGGUGUGGGCCGAUCCGGCGAGUCCCUCAGGGAAGACUCCCAACGCGGAUGCCGAUCUGAAAGCAUCCCUGGAGAACCUUGUCAAGACUGUAGAUGUCAACAAGGUCUUCUAUGUCCAGGUUGUAGAUGCUGAAAGAAUGACACCGCCGCUAACCCCGGAUCAUCCGUUCCACGUUGAUGGUCAGCCAUCUAGGAUGAGUUGGAGCAGGAACGCGAGGUUGUUCCUGUACGAGCAAGACCAGGGUGGCUAUCUUCCAGUGGUCGAGGUAGCCAGGGUGUUUCUCAAGGAGCUCAAGUAUGAGGGCUGGGUGUCGAUGGAGCUAUUCUCGAGGACCAUGUCGGAUCCGGAUCCCAGUAUACCUCACACUCACGCUCAGCGCGGGAUCAAAGCGUGGAAGCAAUUGGCCAAGGAGUUACAACUAUAA